UACUUUAUUACGUAGCACAGUUUCGAUUGUACACAGUUUAGUAUAUCGUUUUGUUGCUCACGAAGAGCGCCCGCGAACCUCACGGAAAAAACAUGGCGGUGGUGUGGUGUAGAAUAUAUUUGAGAAGAAUGAAUGUUUUGAAGCUUUCGAAAGAAACAACGUAUCAGUGUUUGUCAAGUGCCUCUGCAAGCAUGAAUGAAUAUUUUCCUGAAAGAAGUGUAAAGGUGACAAAAGAAAAGUCAAGAGUGCUGGAGGCUUUGGCAUCAACUGUUAGACCAACUGGAAAUGCAUCAUUGCAUGGAUUUUUUGAAGAUCCGUUCCUGAUGCCAAGAGCGAGUAAUCGUAAGAAUGAAUUCAUCAAGGCACGAGAAGAAGGGAGAAAAGCAGCAGAAUAUAUCAUCAAGUCAUAUGGUCAUUUGUUUCCUCUGCGCAAACCAGAACCUGCAUGGCCAUUGGAUAUGUCAGAUAUAGAAGGCAGUGAUGAAAAGGCUUUACUUGACUGGAUUUCUCUCAAGCAUACAGGUGAAGCGAUUAAUUUAUAUGAAAAAUUGAUUUUGAAAGGUGUACCAGUGUCUUUGGAAACUGAAAACAAACUGUUGGAACUUACAGGAUAUUUUGGUACUAUAAAGGAUUCAGCCCUUAAUGAACAAUUUUCCAAGUAAAAGCAAAAUAAAUGGAGCUCAAAGAAUUUUGCUCAUCAUUUAUUUUUCAAUCGAAUGUCAAAGAAAAAUGCUAAAACUUAUGAAGCAAUGAUAUUGUCAUUACUGAAGUUUGGAAAGCAUACACUUUUAUUGGAGGUGUUAGAUGUAAUGAAAAGAAAUGAUAUGAAAGGCACAGUCUUCUUAUAUAAUGAACUGAUUCAACAUGCUGAACAACUUUGCCCAACAGAUCCAUGGUCUUAUGCUGAG